UCAUAAACCACACAUUACGACCAUUAUUUGUUAUUUCUUACCUAGCAUUUUAAUACAUUAUACCAUCAUGGGUGUGUUCAAUUUUGAGGAUGAAACCACCUCUAAUGUAGCUCCUGCUACACUUUACAAAGCUCUAGUUACAGAUUCUGAUAACCUUAUCCCAAAGGUUAUUGAUGUCAUCAAGAGUGUUGAAAUUGUUGAAGGCAACGGUGGCGCCGGAACCAUCAAGAAACUUACUUUUGUUGAAGAUGGUGAGACCAAGCAUGUGUUACACAAAGUGGAGUUAGUAGAUGAUGCUAACUUGGCUUACAACUACAGCAUUGUUGGAGGUGUUGGCCUUCCAGACACAAUAGAGAAGAUUUCAUUUGAGGCUAAAUUGUCUGCAGGUCCAAAUGGAGGAUCCAUUGCAAAGCUUAAUGUGAAAUACUUCACAAAAGGAGAUGUUACUCCAAGUGAAGAGGAACUCAAGAGUGGCAAAGCUAAGGGUGAUGGUCUUUUCAAGGCUAUAGAGGGUUACUGUUUGGCUAAUCCUGAUUACAACUAAAGCAUAUAGUGUGUGCUUGCUCUAUAAAUGUUGUGUUGUGACACAUUUUAUUAUAUCUAGUGUGCUUAAUUUGGAUGCCAAUGUAAUUCUCAUUUUUCUUUUCUUCCUUUCCUUUUGUUGCUUAAGUGUGAGUGUGAGUGAGAUUGUAAGUCUUAAGUGUACUUCUCUUCUUCAAUAAAUUAUAAUAAUACUCCACAAAUUCCUUUUUACUUGUCA